UGAGGGGACCCGGGGGGGGGCGGCGGCGUGACCCCCCCCCCCCCCGCCGGUACCGGCGUGGGAUGGCCGUGACCUAAGCCCAGAACGAUGGAGCGGCCCCGGUACCGGGAGGCGCCGCCCGGGGGCAGCGGGCCCGGGGGGGGCUCCAGCGCCGCCUGGAACGGGAGCUGCGGCCGCGGCCCCGGUGCCACCAUCGGUACCGGCACCGGCACGGCGGGGGGCGAGGACGAAGGGAGCGGCGAGCGCGACAUUGCUGUCCCCGGGCCCGGGAGUGUCCCCAACCCCGGGGGUGUCCCCAUUUCCAGGACUGUCCCCAAAUCCGGGAGUGUCCCCAAUCCUGAGGGUGUCCCCAACACCGAGACUGUCUCCAGCCCUGAGGGUGUCCCCAGCCCCAGGAAUGUCCCCAAACCUGGGACCCCCAGCCCUGAGGGUGUCCCCAACCCUGAGGGUGUCCCCAACUCUGGGACUAUCCCCGGUCCUGAGGGUGUCCCCAACUCCGGGGAUGUCCCCAACUCCGGGAGUGUCCCCAACCCUGAGGGUGUCCCCAACCCCAGCAAUGUCCCCACCCCCGGGGGUCGCUGCAGCUGCCGGUGCCCCCCGGCCUCUCCCCCGAGCCCCUCCCGGGACCUCCCUUGCGGCCUCGGCUGCCGCCACCGCCGAGCCCCGGAGCCCCCCGGCGACCCCCGACCACACCGCCACCUCCACGACAUCCCCGGUGCCACCACGGCGAGGGGACACCGCGGGUCCCUGCGGGCGGCCCGGGCGGGGGUCGCGCUGUGCCUGCGCCUCCUCGGCGCUCUCCUUGCGCUGCUCUUCCUCCUCCUCCUCCUCCUCCGCUCCUUCCUCCGCGCCGCCUCCACGGGGCUCCGCCGCUCCCGGGAGCUGCUGGCCGAGCGUUUCCAGCCCCGGGCGAGCCACCGGGGUGGUGACAGCGACGAGGAGGUGACACGUUUGGUGACAAUGGCCCAGGUGGCCGAGGAGGAGGAGCUGGAUCCGUUCCGGGUGCUCGGCGUGGAGCCCACGGCCACGGACGCGGAGCUGCGCAGGGCCUACCGGAGGCUGGCGGUGCUGGUGCACCCCGAUAAAAGCCGCGACCCCCGGGCGGAGGCGGCGUUCAAGGUGCUGCGGGCGGGCUGGGAGAGGGUGAGCAGCCCCGAGAGGCGGCGCGAGUACCAGGCGAAGCAGCUGGCGCAGGGGGAGCUGGCGCGGGCGCUGGGCGCGUUCCUGGGGCGGCUGCAGGAGGAGCUCAGGGACGCCAUGGACGCCAUGGGCUGCACCCGCUGCGGGGGGCGCCACAGGCGGUUCCCGCUGGACAGGGACCCGCGCGCCGGCCGCUGGUGUGGCCCGUGCGGGGGGUGGCACGCGGCCGAAGAAGGUGACCUGUGGGCAGAGUCCAGCCUGAUGGGCCUCAAGGUCACCUACCUGGCCCGCAUGGACGGCCACGUCUACGACGUCACCGAGUGGGCGGGCUGCCAGCGCGUGGCCAUCUCCCCGGACAGCCACCGUGUCCCCUACCACCUGUCCUUCGGCGCCAGGACAGCCACGCCGGCCGGACGCCAGCGGGCCCCCCCCAAGGGCAGCCCCCCGACCCCCGCUGACCUCCAGGAUUUCCUGGCCCGCGUUUUCCAGGGAAAUCCGGGCCCGGAGCCCGGGGGGGCUUUCCCCGCCCCCCCCGGGGCCGCGGGACCCCCCCAGGGACCCCCUCAAACCCAAGGGGGCCCCCCAAGGGGGGACACGAAGCACAAGAGGAGGAAGAAGGGGCGGCGGCCGCUGCCGCGAUGAGGAGACCCCACCCCAAAACAAAAAAAAAAAAGGGCUUGGAAUAAAAAAAAUCUAUUUUU